UGGACAAGAAACAUGAAACACCGAGGAACAAAAUGCACCACCUCCAAGACGAUACUGUGAAGCACCAUAAACAUAAUUCAAUAACAUGAAUCCAAUCUCGACGCCAACUCCCCCCAGCGAGGGCACAAACGAAAGCCUAGACCAACCACAACAUUACGAGGGAAAUGUGCAGCUUAUGGAAGCCCGCUUUUUGCAGCUGUGCUCGUCCAUCCGGGCGCUGUACCGGUCUGUCCAGGAACUCCGCGUGCAUAUCACGGAGCAGCGCGUGGGAAACGGCGACAACGAGAACGAUGAUACUUUGGUCUUCCUGCAGGCGAUCUGCGAGAACCAACAGGUCCUCAAAAAACAGCGCAUUGAACUGUGCGCAAUCGUCGAGGGGAUGCAGAGGCUAAACGCUGAUACGAACCUACCAGACGAUAUCCGCAUCAUGGUUUUCGACGUCGACGAAGAGAACCAACGAGAGCAGCACCACGACGCAAGUGAGGGCGAGAGAAACAGCCGUGGAGGCACUGGGUUAUAUUUGUGAGAAAUUUAUCGAAUGGAAAUAAAUUGAAACAGAAUGGAACGAAGUGUGAAGGCACGACACUAUUUAUCGAUUCAGACAGGGAUCCGAUUUUCUAUUGGCGUGCUGUUUUGCAGCCAAACGAUCAACCUCUGUAUUCUAUUCUACGUCUGCUUCUCCUUAAAUAGAGGGAGUAAAAUCUGAUGCGACUCGUGAGAAAUAGACUCCUCGGAAAUCAUGAUGCUUUCUGAACUGACAAGACACUUUACAGUAUCUCCCAGCGGGAUCGUUCCUCGUUCAAGGCGUCCUCGAGUCUGUUAUUUGUUGCACCCUCUUUGGAUGCGACGUUGGUAGGGUGAUCAGAGUCCGUGAAAACAGUGCAGAAAACAAAAUAUAUCGCAAGAUCGCUAACUGCGAACCUCUUUUCGUUCUAUAGUUAAGCGGGGAGGGUUUGGUGUUUCUCAUGGCAUGUUGACAUAACAAGACGAAGGAACAAAACUGUAAAAUUGGACAUUUUGACUGGAGCUGCGUUGUUUAUUGAAUCAGAUUGAGAUCAUGAGAAACAUUCAUAUUGCGAUCAAUGAAAAGAAAAGUGAAGCUAUUGGCGUGUUAAUAGCCAAUCGAGUACCGAAGCGAACAAGGCUGCACAGGUUUUCCGAGUUCACUACCGGUACUAUCAACAAAAAUCUUAAUAAAAAUUCUAGUACUGUGACGACUAACAGCACCCACCUUUAUAUCGGUAAUUGGACUGGACUCAUACAUGAGGCAACGUAAACAAAUCAAUGACAAGACAAUUGAAGAGAGCUAUCGAUUGAUACCACUUACAUUAGAAAAGGUUGAGUGGAAGUGCUAGAAUCCCAUGGUCAGUUGCUCCCAACCGUGUUUUUUCGAUAGAAUGAAAAGAACAGUUUCAGCACGCUAAAUUAGCACGCUGUAUCAGCACGCUGGAGGCAGGUAAAGGUCAAGACAUUAGGCUCCAGUACAAUUUUGUGCCCGCAGACAAAACCCUUCUAUUUUGAACAAAACCUGCAGUGAUACCUUGAUUCACAAUUUUCUACAGGAUUUUGUGUACAGCUUUGUACUAGAAUCCAUCCAAAACAGCAAAUCUUGCUUCUUGUUUCCCCCAGCUGAGCAGGUGUUGGCCAGCAGGCGCGACACGGUGUGGGGCUGGUACUAAUCCUACGUAGGCCUACCUAGCAUAGUUGGCAACUUCUUCAAAUCAAAGUUGUCAACUUUA